AUGAACAAGAAGGUGCAACAGUCAUCGACAUUGUUGCGAGUCAAAAGGUUCAAUUCUGCCCCUUAUUUUCUAUUCACGGUGGUAGCACUUUUAUGUUACUUCAUCACACAAAUACCUUUCAGCAGCUUUGGUCCCAGUCUUCAAUUGGACAUUAAAGAUAAAGAUGACAAUGCUAGUAUUGACCCUGAGCAGAAUGUACUUCAAUCUCUAAAAAUAAAUUUAGCAUCAAAUUGGGCCAAGAAAUAUACAGCCGAGGCACACUUGGCAGGUACCAAUUACCCCCUAGUUGAAUGGACCGAGCAGAAACUUCAGGAAUUUGGUUUUGACACUACAAUUGACCCAUACGAAAUAUUGGUGAGUUAUCCCAAAGACCAUGAUUUGAACUUGGUAGAUGCAGAUGGAAAGUUGGUCUAUAAGGCACCAUUAAAGGAAGAUGUAGUCAAGGAGGAUCCAACUACUUACAACGACACCGUUCCAACAUUUUUGGGAUAUGCUGCUAAUGGGAAUGUCACUGGUCACUACGUAUAUGCUAACUACGGAUCAAAGGAGGAUUUUAAGGCCCUAAAGGAACACGACAUCGAUGUCAGAGGAAAGAUUGUUGUUGUUCGUUAUGGAAAAAUCUUUAGGGGUCUUAAAGUGAAAUUUGCUCAGGAUUUAGGUGCAAUCGGUGUGUUGAUUUAUUCAGAUCCAGGGGAUGACUUUGGAAUCACACCAGCUAAUGGUUUCAAACAGUAUCCAAAGGGACCAGCUAGACAAGAGAGUUCAGUCCAACGAGGUAGUGUUCAGUUUUUAGGUGGAGAAGGUUCAACACCGGGUGAUCCAACCACCCCUAGUUACGCAUCCAAGCCCGGGGUCGAGAGAAAGGACCCACACUCAAGCAUUGGCAAGAUCCCAGCCUUACCUAUAUCAUAUCGUGAAGUUAAACCCAUUUUACAAAAGCUAAACGGCCAUGGAGCCAAGAUUUCCGGAUUUGAAGGUGAACUUGAUGGAUUUGACUACUAUACUGGUCCUUCCAAAUACCAGCUUAACCUAUUCAAUGAGCAGGAAUUCAAGAUCACAACAUUGUGGAAUGUAUACGGUGAAAUCAAAGGUGAAAAAUCAAAUGAGGUUAUCAUUUUGGGAAACCACAGAGACGCUUGGAUUAAAGGUGGUGCAGCAGAUCCAAACAGUGGCUCUGCCACCUUAUUAGAAGUCGCACGUGCAUUAGGUAACUUGAAAAGGGCAGGACACAAGUUCAAAAGAACUAUAAUAUUGCAUAGCUACGAUGGCGAGGAAUAUGGAUUGUUGGGAUCUACUGAACAAGGAGAGUACUUUGCUGAAAAGUAUCAAAGAGACGUUGUUGCUUACCUUAAUCUAGACGUUUCAGUUAGUGGUAAGAAUCUCAAUUUGGGAUCAUCGCCAGUUUUGAACGCGCUCUUAUUUGAUGUUGCCAAAAAAUUGGACUAUCCUGAAGGUGGUUCGUUAUACGAUCAUUAUGUAGAAAAACACCAUGGCGAGAAAAUCAAAACGCUUGGAAGCGGAUCGGACUACACUGUCUAUUUGGAGCACUUAGGAAUCCCAUCAGUGGAUUUAGGUUUUACUGGUGGAAAAGAUGACCCAAUAUACCAUUACCAUUCAAACUACGAUUCAUACCACUGGAUGGAAAAAUUUGGCGACAAAGGAUUUGUUUAUCACAACUUGGCUGCAAAAUACUUGGCGUUAUUGACCUUGCAGUUGAGCGAAAGAGAAAUCAUCAAUUUUAAUCUUGAGAAUUACGCAGCAGGUUUGUUGCAGUAUUACAACGAAACUGUAGCACGUGUUCCCGAAAGUUGGUUGAACAGAUCAGCAAAUUCAGAUAGGAAAGAAGUAGAAAAAGAAAAGAAGUUGGACUUUGAAGAAUACAAGUAUACCAAAAGAAUCACACAAAGCCAUUAUGUCACACCAAUUUGCAGAAGGAUGCAGAUGGGAAUUAUUCAUGGCAACAAACACCACCAUCACGAUGAAAGUAGAAACCUAAGACAAAUACUAGAUCGCACAUACCAUCAACUAACAUUUUUGAGAAACUCAACUGAACAAUUUGACAAAAAAUCAGAACUACUUCAAGUGCAAUAUGACCACAUUGAUGAAUUGCCACUAUUGCAAAGAAUCAAAUUGCGUUUGCAAAUUAGAUUUCACAACAAAUCCUUAAAAUACUUUGAACGUAAUUUUUUAUACUCAAAAGGAUUAAAUCAAAGACAAUGGUUCAAGCACAUAGUAUUUGCAAGCGGCAGAUACACAGGUUACGCAGGACAAAAUUUUCCUGGUUUGAAUGAAGCCAUUGAAGACAAAGACUUUAACAUAUUUGUUCAUUGGCUUCAUAUUCUUAACAGAAAAAUAACCACAGUUGCUAAUCACUUAAACAAUUCCAACUAA